GUACACACAGUGUAAACUGCUCACAGAAAGGCACCAAACAGAGCCCCCAAUCCUUUGCCAGUGCCAAUGAAGACUCUUGAGGCUUUCUUCCUGGUUCUGAUGCUCUGCAGUCUUUACAAGGCCUUAGAACACAACAGUAAUGGCAUUCAGUGGGUUGAGGAUGCGGCUGAGAAACAAGGGCCUGUUAUGGAGGGGAGUGAAGCAGAACUGGUGCUGUCAAGCAUCUGGGAAGAGUUGAGGAAUCUGAGAGACAUGGUGGUGGAGCAAAGAACAGAGCUGAGGCAGCUGAUGGCACGAGUCAUAGCUACUGAUAUCCUGGUGGAGACCUUGCAGAAGGAAAAUGAAGCCAUGAAGGCGAGGAUGACAGCUGCUGAGACUCUGGCUGAGACAUUGCAGAUGGAGAUAGAUGGUCAAGCUGCAGAGCUUGCAGUAGCUCAGCAGAAGCUUGGUACUCUACAGGAAAAGGUGACGGUAAAUGAACUUGAUGUAGAAGAGCUACAGAAGCAACAGGAAGUGCAAAACGUGACUGUGCAGGAGCUUCAAGAUCUUAACCAAGCGAGAAAAGUGGCUUUUUCCACUUCUCUUCUGGCAGAUGGUGUAGGUAACACAAACCACAAUGAUUUUACUCAACUCAUCUUCAGAAAUGUCUUUACCAACACUGGAAACUACUACAACCCCAUCACAGGUUACUUCACGGCACUAGUAAGAGGAGUGUAUUACUUCAGCUUUACAGGCUACAUCGCCCACAGUGAGAACGGCAUCAGGAUGCGAUUGAUGAAGAAUGUAAAUCCCAUAGUUUUUAUUGGAGACCGUCCCACCACACCCACAGAUCUUGAGGACAACGCAUCCAAUGGUGCAGUGCUACAGUUAGAAGUUGGGGAUGUUGUGUCUGUACAGCUUAGUGGAGAUGUUUGGGAUGACCAUUAUCACAGAACAACCUUUAGUGGCUUUCUGCUUUUUACUUUGUAGCAGCCAGUGAAGAAGCUACAUGAAGCGUUCAUUCAAUGUCAGCUUUUCUACUGAUGGCAUAUUUGUUGCAACAAAAUUUAAAAUUUUUAUUUUCCUCUUUUGUGAAUGACUUUAAAAAAAGGAUGAUGGAAAAAGUUAGUAAAAGUUAUUUCAAAGUAUAUAAUAUGAAUUAUCUUUACCUUUUUAGCUGAAUUUAAAUAAUCUUUGAAUCUUUUAGUGUUUCACUCACUGCUUUGAUUAACCCAGUUCUUUCAAAUACAUCCAACAAAGGCAAUAUGAUAAGUAAAUAAUAUAAUAUUUUUUGAAGUAGCUCAUACAUACAGUACAUAAAACCUCUCAGAGGUCAAACAAUACGUCAAACAUCCCAUUUUAUUCAUAUGUCACAUUGAGGUAAGCAGAAAAAAGUAGCUGAAAGUGCUCAUGUGUGGCUCACACUUAUUAUCUCAUCAAUGUCUCAAGGCCAUAAAAUAGUUAGGAUGAUAUCAUGCUGUAUGUGAAUUCAUGCAAUUUGUAUGUAUUAUAAAAACAAUAUAUUUAUCUGAAGGAUUUUCACUUUAGCUAUUUUCAUAUUGGGCUUCUGUAAUAUGAUGUCAGAACUGAAGCUUAUGUGGAAAACUGACUGAAUGUAUGAAAAAUAAAGAUAGAACACACAACAUGCAGCAGGCAGCGCACCAACUUUGCAUAAUAAUAGAUAAAGUUACCCUUAAUAAAUCAUGCAGGAAAGAAAAUGUACUCUUCCUUUUUCU